GACCAUUCAGCCCACGUCUGUUGAUUAAGGACCAGCCUGCAGUUCAGAGACACUGGUCAACUGGAUUUGCAUAAACAGAGCCUGGGCAGUUUCUGAAACUGAGAUUUAAAACUGGCAACACUUUUACCACCCCUUUGUGUUUUUGCAAAAUCCAGGCCUUAUACCAACUUCUUGUUGCAGAAUUAUUUCUUUUUUCCUUUCAGGGAAGGGAAGUCAAACUCCUUCUCUAGGAACCGACUGGUUGAUCUGAUACAAAGUGGUGUUAGAAGACCUAUUUUGAUCCAAACCAGGUGCCUGGGCUGGAUUAUUUCUAACCUGGGUCAAACAACUGAUCACAUAAUGCUUUUUUGGUUUAUGUGCUGUCUCAUGGCUGUGUGGACGAUUUCUGCCUCAGAUGAGAGCUGUUCAGAAAUUCCUGCAGUGGACAAUAGCAUAUCUGUUUCAAAGGAGGAUGGAGAACAAAUUCUGCGGACUUACUUGUGUAUCAGGGGCUAUCACCUGGUAGGAGAGAAAACCAUUUUUUGUAGUGCUUCUAAAGGGUGGAAUGCCACUUCUCCCCAGUGCCAGUGGGGCCACUGUCCUGACCCUUUCCUGGAGAAUGGCAAGUUCAGUGUCUUGCAGCCGGCGGAUGUGAAUGACACAGUCACGUUUAAGUGCAAUGAGAAUUACAUCCUCAAGGGCAGCAGUUGGAGCCGGUGCCUGGAGAACCAUACCUGGGUGCCUCCCUUUCCUAUCUGCAAAAGCAGAAACUGUAGCUCUCCUGAGACUAUAACUCAUGGCUAUUUUGAAGGAAUGGAUUUCACCUCAGGAUCUACUAUUACUUAUCACUGUGAAGAAGGGUACCGCCUGGUGGGCACACAGAGCCAACAGUGCAUUGACGGGGACUGGAGCAGCGCACUGCCGGUCUGUGAGGUGAUCCAAGAAGCCACCGAGCCAACUGCACAGGAGCAGUUUGAGAAGGUGUUUCUUGCCUUUCAGGAGACGGAGGAUCUUCGCAAAACUAUAGAGAACAUUAUGCAAAGGUUUAAGGAACAUAACUUAACAAUGGAGGAAAUAAAAUAUUCUCUGGAAAUAAUGAAAGCGAAGGCAAAAAUGUUGCCCUAACAUCAUAGCCAAGCAGACUGGGUAAUAGAAGGACACCUGUAAAUAAAAUUUCCUCUUGGUUCUGAAGUUUUAGAUUUUUCUCUCUUUGGGCUGAAAUGCAACUUCAUGGUAACCAACUGCAAUUGUACGAUGCAUGGGAUGUGUGUGUGCGUGGGUGUGGGUGUGUUGCACUCAGAAUGUGGAAUGACUGGGUGUAGGGGUUGUCUAAGACCAGCAUUAGCAACACAUUAAUGGGAAGAGGAAGGUUUAAUUUCCUGUCUGUAAGGGGGAUGGGAAGCUCAGAUCACAGCGAAAGUAUGUGCCUCACAUUUUGAUAUGAGACAUGAAUGAUGCAAAAAUUAACCCCAAAUUAUCCAAAACUUAUGAGGCAAAAAUUAACCUCUCAUUUUGGAAAAAUAGUCUCAGAACAGUUACAUCCUUAAAAUGACCAAUUGAGACAAAAGUAGAGUCAGAACUCGAACUGUCUCCUGGGUAUCCCCCACAAUCCUGUUUUUAAAGCCGGGUUUCCAAAUCUUCUGCAAGUAACACUGCUUUACCGCCUUUCGGAUGAAACUCAGCGCUGCGUAGUCAAUUUGAGACCCUGCAACACACGUGAAUAUAUUUUCUUAUUCUUUUUUAGAGGGGGAAAGAGAUAACCAUCGUAAGAUUUCCCUGUCAAAAUUUUAUGCUGAGCUGAUAUGACAAGCUUCUCCCAUCUUGCAUGCUGACCUUUACUCAGAACACAUAGGAACUCUGGGUAAAAAUGCAAACAAAAUACACAAGAGAGCUUGAGAUGGUGGAAUAUCUCCAGGUGGAGUUACAAGGGGGAGCAAGAAAUGGCCUCUCAAGUAGCCCAUGAAUAGACCCAAGACACAUACACAGAUAUCAUUAAUUCAGCAAUGAAGCAAAUAGCUUUCAGGAAAAGUGUGCUAUGAGAGCCCAUGUGGGAGGAGGCUGACUUCCGUCUUGGGAGGAGGAGGCAGGGCAAUGGUCAAGGAAGAUGACACAGUUACUGGGGCCUUUGAAAGUUAGUAGGAUGUAGAGACAAAGAUGAAGGAGAAGGACAUUCUAAGUGGAAAGAAGAUUUGAGAAAUGUAGUAGAAAGUCAUGAGCUUUUUUUUAAAUUGAAGUAUAAUUGACUUACAAUAUUAUGUUAGUUCCAGGUGUGCAACAUAGUGAUUCAAUUUUUUAACAAAUUAUACACCAUUUAAAGUUGUAACAAAACAAUGACUGUAUUUCCCCGUGCUGUACAAUAUAUCCUUGUUGCUUAUUUAUUUUAUACAUAAUAGUUGUGCUUCUUAAUCCCCGACCCCUAUCUUGCCUCUCGCUCCUCCCCUCACCCCACUGAUAAACC